CGCCUCUGCUGUCCAUCUCAGUCAGCACUUCAGCCCCUGAAUCUGAGACAUCACCUACUCUACGCGAAUUUUGCUCCAGAAAAACGCGCCCCCUGCAACCACAACCUUGAUAUCAGAGAGCUUUCUGCGUUGUUUAAACGAAAAUAUCUUGAUAUAUUAAAAACGGACCGAUUAGAGGCAAAAAAGAAGCGUCUGCGCACAUCAGCAGCCGUUAGCCGUUUGAGCUAGCCGCGUCUCGCGACGCAUCUCGCCCGAGAGACGUCGGGCUCAAUAACUGUGCUUUACAAUCCUCAUCAACAUCAAUUAAACUGAGUGGUUCAGCAGAAUCUCAGCGGGUUCGGCGGAGCUGUUCGGCUCUUGCUCGUACUGCAGGCCUGGGUGCGGGUGCGGAGAAUGCUAAAGGAUGAGUCAGAGGGACACCCUGGUUCAUCUGUUUGCUGGAGGCUGUGGUGGCACUGUAGGUGCAAUUCUGACAUGUCCGUUGGAGGUGGUGAAGACGAGGCUGCAGUCUUCUUCGGUGACUCUUUACAUCUCUGAAGUUCAGCUCAGCACUGUGAACGGGGCCAGUGUGGCCCGCAUGUCUCCACCGGGGCCUCUGCACUGUCUAAAGUUAAUACUGGAGAAAGAAGGUCCUCGUUCACUCUUUAGAGGGCUAGGACCCAACCUGGUGGGAGUGGCUCCAUCCAGAGCAAUUUAUUUUGCUGCCUACUCCACAUCCAAAGAGAAGUUGAACAAUGUGUUUGAUCCUGACUCAACACAGGUGCACAUGCUGUCCGCUGGUUUAGCAGGGUUCACUGCCAUCACAGCAACCAACCCGAUCUGGCUUAUAAAGACUCGAUUGCAGCUUGAUGCCCGGAACCGGGGCGAAAAGCGCAUGAGUGCAUUUGAGUGUUUCCGGCGGGUCUAUCAGUCAGAUGGGUUACGGGGAUUCUACAGGGGCAUGUCUGCAUCUUAUGCUGGCAUAUCAGAGACUGUCAUCCACUUUGUCAUCUAUGAAAGCAUUAAACGCAAACUCGUUGAGUCCAAGGCCAACGCUAACAUGGAUGAUGAAGAUGAAUCUGUAAAAGACGCUUCGGACUUUGUUGGAAUGAUGCUGGCUGCUGCCACAUCCAAGACAUGUGCCACUUCAAUUGCAUAUCCUCAUGAGGUUAUUCGUACUAGACUACGUGAGGAGGGCAGCAAGUAUCGUUCGUUCUUCCAAACUCUAAAUAUGGUGAUCCGGGAAGAGGGUUACAAAGCACUGUACCGAGGCCUCACUACUCACCUGGUCCGACAGAUCCCCAACACUGCUAUUAUGAUGUGCACCUACGAGCUGGUGGUCUACCUGCUCAAUGGUUAACCUAUGAGAGACCAGGAAAUAGAGGCAGAGAGA